AGACCACAGAAGCGCGUCGAGAACAAUUUAGUGUAUUUCGCUUUUACAGACAUUUUUAUGUGCUAAAGAUUUCACUUCGCUUACAAUGUCGUGGGAUUUCGUUGUGCCAGUUGCUUUGGAUGAUCUGCUAAAAUCAGGAGCCAUCAACCAGUAUGUGGUGCAGGAUGUGCUUUCACCCAAACAGCUACCCUCUUCUCUCAACAGCUUUAAAGCUGCUCUGAGGAGUCAGGGUGCCCUGUGCAUAUUGGAACAUUUCGAUACAGCAUACAGUGUCCUUCAGCACUGCCGCACAGUGGAUGUGGUUUUGAAAGAAGAUACCCUGGAGCUGCUUAUACAAGUGGUCCAGGGUCUGUCCAUCUCCUUGCCAUCUCUUCUUCUGGACGGCUCUCUGUCAUCACCUGACCGCAAACAGCAGCUGAAUGCUGUCAAGAUGAGUGUAUUUCUGCUUUGUAAACUUACAGAGAAUCUGGAGAGCGACUCAUGCAGGGAAACUGUAGUCACUGCACCUAGCAAGGGUCGCAAAAAGGACAAGGCAUCUGGUAAGGGCUUGCUGCAGUGGGACAGUGACCGAGAGAGUGUACUGCAAUGUCUAACUCAGCUGCUUCAGCUGGAUAUCCGCUCUUUGUGGAGCCUUUCACUGGUGGAAGAGGAGUUUGUCAGCUGUGUUACCUGCUGUUGCUACAAGUUGUUGGAGAAUCCCACUAUCGGUCAUAUGAAGAGCAAAUCCACACGUGAUGCCAUCAUUCAUGUGCUGGGAGUAAUGGUGAAGAAAUAUAACCACAUGCUUGGAGCAUGUGUGAAAGUGAUUCAACUGCUGCAGCACUUUGAGCAGCUCUCCUCAGUCUGUGCCCAGGCAGUGGCUUCCUGGAGCUCAGAGUAUGGAGUCAGAGCCAUCGUUGGAGAAAUCAUGAGAGAGAUUGGACAGAAGUCCAGUGAUGAGUUGGCCAGAGAGGGCUCAGGUGUAAAGGCUUUCUCCAGUUUUCUGUCUGAACUCAGCACUCUGGUCCCUGAGGUCAUGAUUCCUAAUAUCAGUGUGCUCCUCACACACCUGGAAGGAGAGAGUUCUAGUAUGCGUGUGGCAGUGUGUGAGGUCCUGGGAGAAGUGCUGGUACGCGUCUUAAGCGGAGAUAAGUUAGACGAUUCGGGCAGAGCGGACCGAGACCGCUUUCUCGACACGCUACAAGAACACAUACACGAUGCCCAUUCACAUGUUAGAGCUCGAGUGCUGCAGGUCUACACACGAAUCGUGAACUGCAAAGCUUUGCCAUUAUGUAGAUACACUGAAGUGAUGGAAUUAGCUGUUGGUCGACUUGGUGAUAAAUCAGUCAUGGCGUGCAAGAGUGCCAUUCAGCUAGUGGCUGCUUUCAUUGCCCAUAAUCCCUACAGCUGCAAGCUGAGCAGUGCUGACCUAAAGAAGCCACUAGAAAAAGAAAUUGCCAAGCUGAAGGAGAUUAAAGAAAAGAUGAUCGGGAACGCACCAGUCCCUGUAAUCUCAGCGAGUGAACUAUGGGCUGCGAUGGAACCAGAGGUGUCUCAGACAGUUAAAGCUCACCUAGAAGCUGACACUGACACAGAAACAGUAGAAGAGGAUGAUGAGAAAGAAGGCGAGGCAAAGCACACCGAUAGAGAUACCGCUGUCCAAAUUGCCCAGUACCUCAGACACAGCAAAUACAGGCAAGCAGUGGGUCUGUGUGCACGAGCCCACACUCUUUACCCCGAGUCCUCAUUCUUCUCUGCGCUGUCCAAUCUGAAUGAAGAAACGCUGAUCAACACUUUGGCAUCAAUCUUUAAAGGUACAGAUGAGGAGCAAGAGCAUGCUUCAGACCAGGGAGCAAAGAAUCAGCCUCCUACUCCACAGAAAGAAAUGGCUGAAGCAGGGGGUGAGGAGAAGGAGAGUGAACUUAAAAAGCAGGAGAUGCUGGUUCAGUACCUGAGAGACACGGAGAGCUUUGCACUGCAGGUGGAGAGAGCCAUAGCUGUCAUUAAUAACAUGCUCUACUGGAAAACCACUACAGUUGUUCAGGAGGCAGUGCAGUUCUGUGUGACUGCGUGUGAGUUCAGUGUGGCAGACUCUGUCUCUGGGGUGAGAAAGAUGCUGCCGUUGGUGUGGUCUUCUGAUGCUGCUGUAAAAGAUGCUGUAGUACAGGCAUACAGACGCCUGUACCUCAAUCCUCAAGGAGACAACACCAGAUCCAAGGCCCAAACUCUUAUUGACAGUCUGUCUGAGUUGAUGCUUGAUGCGUCACUUGGAACUAUUCAGUGUUUGGAGGAAAUAGUGCAGGAGUUUUUCAGCAGUGAGAGUGCUCUGCAGGCAGCUGUGGUACAGGUGUUGUGGGAGAGAUUCUCAGGUAAAAGAGAGUCUUCAGCUUUGCACAGGAGAGCUGCUGUGUUGCUGCUCGGCAUGGCUGCACGCGCUGAGCGAGAGGUGGUACUUGGAAAUCUGGAAACACUCUGUUCUGUGGCGUUGGAAGAGAAGGUUACAGAAGAUUAUUUGCUGGCCAGAGACACAGUCAUCACCAUAACUAAUAUUACUGACCACAUCAGGGUCUCUAAAGCACCUCCAUUCAGGUUGCCUAUGGACCACCAUCUCUUCAGUUGUCUGACCCAAGCUAUAGCUGAUGGAGUAAUCUUGUCUGAUCCUUACUGGCAGACCUUCAUGGAGCAGGCCAUCCGACUCAUCUACUUCCUUUCUGAAUCACCCGAUAAACUGUGUGCUCAUCUGCUCCAACGCUCUGCUCGUCUCUUAUUAGAGCAGAUUACAGUGGGUGGGGAGCCCAACCAAUCGCAGAUGUCAGACUCUCAGGAUUCAGAGCAGCUAGUGAACUGCGUGAGUCUGGCACAGCUGCUGUCUCUGUGUGGAGCUGUGGCUUUCUGGCAGGUGUCUCAUCUGGAGAGGAGUGUAAGCUCUGAGCUCCGGCGGCGGAGAGGAGAAAGGGAGGAGAAAGAAGAGAAGGAGAAAGCACCCGCCACCAAGAACAAGGAGGCCAAUGAUAGCUGUGUGGAAGAGGAACUUGGGUUGACUGGUGCUUCAGCAGAGGACACGGAGGCAGAGUUCAUCCGUAAAAUAUGUGAAACAGAACUGUUGGCUGAAGGAAACACGCUAAGCAUGUUUCUGCCUCUGCUGGUGAAAGUGUGCAGCUCACCUGGCCGAUAUUCUCAUCCCCAGCUCACCACCGCUGCCUGCCUUGCUCUUUCCCAGUUCAUGAUGAUCAGCCCGACAGUGUGUAAGGAUAAUAUUCGUCUGCUCUUUACCGUGUUGGAGAAAUCUUCUCUGCCAGUUGUCAGAGCCAACGCCAUUAUUGCCCUUGGAGACCUAACUGUGCGCUUUCCCAACAUUCUUGAGCCCUGGACCCCGAAUCUGUAUGCCAGACUGUGUGAUGAAUAUGCAUCAGUGCGUCUGACUGCAAUCACAGUUCUGACUCAGCUGGUGCUGAAGGAUGUGAUGAAGGUCAAGGGUCAAGUUAGCGAGGUUGCUGUGCUGCUUCUAGACCCUGAGCCACAUAUUGCCAGCCUUGCUCUUAACUUUUUUAAUGAGCUUGCUGCAAAGGAUAAUGCCAUCUACAACCUUCUACCAGACAUCAUUAGUCGAUUGUCCGAUCCUGAAAGAGGGAUAAAAGAGGAGGAUUUUAGCACCAUUAUGAAGCAACUGUUCUCUUACAUCACCAAGGAACGACAGACUGAAAGUUUAGUUGAAAAGCUUUGUCAGCGUUUCCGAACUGCCAAGACGGAGCGGCAGUGGGCAGACCUGGCCGUGUCUCUGUCGCUGCUCUCCAUGUGUGAGCGAGGUUUUAAAAAGCUGCAGGAGUGCUGGGAGUGUUACAGUGACAAGCUGACCGAGGAUGCAGUUUACCAGCCUCUGCUCUCGAUCCUGGCCAAACUCCGCCGUAGAGCCAAGCCCCAGUUUAAGGCUCAGGUGGAGGAGUUUGAGAAGAAGCUGACAGCCGUGCAUACCAAAGGUCUGGAGAAUGUGGAAAGCGAGGAGAGAGAGCAGCAGUUAGAGGAAAAGACAAACCAGCAAAACACCAAGAUGCCUGUGCCCAAAACUGCUCGCAGACCAACAAGAGGGCAUGGAAAGACCAGGCUGGACGACAGUGACUUGGUGACGCCGAAACCUUCCCGUCCUCGCCGUAAAACAGUCAUAACCUUUAGUAGUGAUGAGGAGGAUGAAGAGGAUGCUGUCAUGGAAGAGAGCGAGACACCAAAAGUGACCACACCCAUCUCUCGCACCCGACGUGCACGUCUGCGCCAUUGACCGCUCCGCUUUCUCUUUCAAUCACCUGUUUUUUUUUAUGUUUUAUUCUUUUAGCUCAGCUUCUUUUACUCUGUGCCCUCUACAAAGACUUUUAUUUUCAUGCUUUUAUUAAACUUUCUUUACUUUUGUUUCUGCUUUUACAAAAUGUAAACUGCUUUUUACAUUGCAACAGUAUGAAUCAAGAUUUCAUCAACUAUUAAAAUAGUUAGGUUCA